AGAUCAGAGAAGAGCAAUGGAGCCACAACAGAUCAGAGAGGGAUACCUGGUGAAAAAGCAGAUCCAUACUUCGUUUGAACCAAAGUUAGGGUACAGUGCUAAACUCCUGGAAGGCUGUGUGGGUGGUGCUGUCAGAAGAUGGCCUGGACUUCUAUAAAAAGAAAACAGACAGUUCCCCAAAAGGAAUGAUACCACUUAAGGGAGCUACAGUUACCAGUCCUUGUCAGGAUUUUGGCAAGAGGACGCUGGUUUUCAAGAUUACCACUGAGAAAAAGCAGGACCACUUCUUCCAAGCAUCUUAUGUGGAAGAGAGAGAGUUCUGGGUCAAAGACAUCAAAAGAGUCACUACCUGUCUCCAGGGAGGAAAAAAGUUUGCCAGGAGAUCAACAAGACGCUCUAUUCGCCUGCCCGACGAAGUCAACCUGACUGAGCUGUACACAUUAAUGAAAGACCAGGAUGAUGGAGUGAGAGAGCUAAAAUUGGAGCAGGAGAAUCGUAUCUUCAACCACUGCUUCACCGGCGCGACAGUGGUAGACUGGCUGAUCUCAAAGAACAAAGUGAGAAACCGGCCCGAAGCUCUCAUGAUAGCAACAGGACUCAUGAGCGAGGGUUUUCUGCAGCCUGCCAGUGACAUGUCAAAAGAGGCGGCAGAGAGCGCAGAGCAGACAGCCUUCUUAGAUCAGACGGAAGCUCUAUAUUACUUUGCAGACAGUGGGUUCUUCUGUGAAGGCUACUCUAGUGAUGAAGAUGUGCUCAUCAAGGAAGAAUUCAGAGGAAACAUCAUAAAACAGGGCUGUUUACUCAAACAGGGACAUAGAAGAAAAAACUGGAAGGUGCGGAAGUUCAUACUGAGGGAUGACCCCGCUUAUAUGCACUACUAUGACCCUACCAAGGGGGAUGACCCCCUUGGCUCCAUCCAUCUCCGUGGAUCUGUUGUCACAGCUGUGGAGUACGUUCCUGAUGCCAAAAAAUACGACAUUGAUGGCAACCUGUUUGAGAUCAUUACAUCAGAAGAGACUCACUACUACCUCCAGGCUGCUACAGCUGAAGAGAGAAAGGAGUGGAUCAAAGCAAUACAAGUAGUGUCAAAGAGUGGAAAAUAACCAGGAUCACAUUUGAACCUUUUUAUUGUGAAGUCCUAAUUUUGUCUGUCAUCCUAUUUAACAGUAUGUCAACUCUGUCAUUAUUGACUAACUGGUUACUUUCCCUCUACUUUACACUGUCAAACUAACAGGAAGAUGUUUUGUGAAGUUUGUGGCCAAAAAAAUGAUCGAUAAACGAUAUCAAAUUUGAGCUGAAGAAAUUCCUAAAAGUCCCCUUGUGACAUUUUUUGUCCCAUUUUUAGUUCCACUAUUUUGCAGUGAAACUGUUUCUGUUACACUUUUGAUUUUUGCAAUGGACACAUAACUGCUUUUGUUGUGAAAGAAAUAAGCACAGCAGAAAAAGGAACCUUUAUUGAAAAGGGGAUAACAGACCAGUUAUUAAGAGAGGUAAAUAUUAGGGUGCAGAUGAGUUUUGAUUUGAUGAGUUUUUAAUUUUAUUUUAUCUUUUUUUUAAGUAAAUAAGGACAUUAAAAGGAGCAGCACUGGACAUAUUUUACAUCACUUUGGAUGCAGGGAGAUAAAGACUAAUGUACUGAAGGGACAAUAGAGCAUGUUAUUAAAAAAAGAAAAAUCAUUCAUCAUGCUGAUCACCCUAGAUAUUUAUGUUGCCAAAAGAAAAUUUCCUGGUAAAAUUUAAAGUAUUAUUUCCUGAAAUUUUAAAAUUAAUAUAAGGAAGCUAUAUCAAAUACAAAAAUCUCAAGUAAUUACAUAUAACACUGUUGUAAAGAAGUGUAUCUUGGUAGAAUCAUAUCUUGUGUCAUUUUAAUCUGAAAUGUUCAACGUACUUUGAUGCUAUCACUGAAGAUAAUUGACACUGACUCAAAAAAUUUUCUCCUACAUAAUUACAAAAAAAAAGCUAUGAUGGCGAUACUUUGAUCAUGUAUCUACAAAAUGACAACAAUGCUGUUCAUAAACAGUAAUAACCAUGCUAUUACACAAUAUUACAAAACAUGUUAUACAAUGAAAACAAUGUGGUAGUCAAUAACACCUUAUAAACAAUGAUAACCGUGAUAUUAAACAGUAAUUACAGUGUUAUCAGGAAAUAAAAUUGUAUGCACAAUAACAAUGUUUUAGUCAAGAAAGUUUAUAAACAAUUAUAACAAUGUUAGAACACAAUAAAAACAAUGUGAUGGUCAAUAACAGUUUAUAAACAAUAAUAACGUGUUAUUGAAAAAUAAGAAAACUGUUAUAAGUCAAUAACAUGUUAUUACCCAACAAUAACAAUGUUAUAUUGUGAAUAAGCUAUAAUCAGUAUUUUAGUCAUGUAUCUAAACAAUCAUUAACAUCAUGUUACUCAAUAAUAAUCAUUAUAUGGACUAUUAACUGUUACUAUGCCAUAACAACAAUGUUUCAGGUCAAUGAUAAAGUGUAUAAAUAAUAAUAAUAACCAUUAAUUGCACAAUGUUAUAAGUCAAUGAUAGCAUUUUUUGCACAAUAACAACCAUGUUAUCACCUAAAAUUGAUAAUGUUAUCAGACAGUACUCUCCAUUUACACCCACCACAACAUUUUCCAUGAAUUCUAUUGUAUGAUCCACUGAAAAUAGACUCAUUUUUUAUUAUCAGAAAAGUUCUGCAUUCAUACAAACACAUUUUGAUAACAACUGUAAUACAAAUAUCAGAAAAGACUGCUGAAACAAUCUAGUAAACAUUCUACAACAGUAGUUGGUCAUGUAAUGAAACUAUGUGCACAUGUACAAACCCACUUCCUCCUUCAGAGCGCUGCGGUGUAAUCAUGCAGAAAUUGUUACAAUGAAUGUUGGUGUGGAAAGAUAAUGGGGUGGUGCUGCUAUUCCAAAUAACGCUGAACUACAAAGGAAGUAUAUAUGAAGAAAAAGUCAACUGGGGGUGAGCGGAACAAACAGAACUUGCAAACAGGUCAUUGUUGUUGUAGUCAUCCAACUCAUGGCUAUUACCAGGAAACGUGUGUGCAUGUGUGUAAUUCUUAUAACUUAUUUCCAGUUUACAUUCCCACAACAAUGGUAGUGUUUUGAAAAGGUUGCAUUCUGGGAGCUGCCCUCAAAACAUAUAAUAAUAAUAAUAAUUCUAAUGAAUAACUCUGACAUUUCUAAACACAGGGUGUAUGAUAAGCCAUUUUUACUCUUUUAGUUACAUUUUCAGACAAGCUGAAGCAAGUGUGUUUUCAAUAAAAGAUAGUAAUAUCUACUUUAAA